UACCACUACUUCCAACGGAUCCGAUCCUAUCCUGAGGAGGAGAGGGAGGUUGUUUUGCGGUGACGUACACGUGCGAAUAUUUCGUUUUGUUUUGAUGUUGGUAUGGCAGGUGCUGCUGUUCUAGGGCUUUGUCGGUUUGCACAAAAAGUCAAAACACCUACUGGGUUUCUAAGCUAUGCAACGCAUGGAAAUGUUGUAGGACAAACAGAACCAAAGCAACCAUCUCUUGUAGGACGACAUUUUUUAACAUUGAAAGAUUUUAGUAAAAGAGAAGUUCAACAUCUGCUUUGGGUUGCUGCUGACUUAAAAACCAGAUUCCAGACACGAAAUGAGAAAUACAAUCCAUUGGUAGGCAAGGCAGGUGCUUUGUAUUUCCAGAAAAGAAGUACACGAACAAGGAUGUCAUCUGAAACAGGAUUUGCAUUACUUGGUGGCCAUCCACUAUUUUUAACUGAUAACGAUAUCCAUCUAGGAGUAAAUGAAUCAAUGCAUGAUUCCGCCAAGGUGAUAUCAAGAUUUGUUGAUGUUUUCCUUGCAAGAGUCUUCAAUCAUUCUGAUUUAGUAGAAUUUUCCAAGCAUGCUACUAUCCCUAUCAUCAAUGGCCUCUCAGAGCUGUACCACCCAUUGCAGACUUUAGCUGACUUGCAGACAUUACAGGAGCACUAUGGACGUUUGAAGGGAUUGACAGUCGCUUGGGUUGGAGAUGGCAACAACAUUAUACAUUCAAUCAUGAUGGGGGCACCGAAAAUGGGAAUGAAUUUGAAAAUCGCCACACCUAAGGAUUACACUCUGGAGUCUGCUGUAGUUGAUGAUUGCAAAGAGUUGAUCAAAGAGCAUGGCACUGAAUUGUACAUUACCACUGAUCCAAUGGAGGCAUGCGAGAAAGCAGACGUGAUAGUAACAGACACAUGGAUAAGUAUGGGUCAAGAAGAGGAGAAACAGGCUAGGGUAAAGGCAUUCCAAGGCUAUCAAGUCACUAAGAAGAUGACAUCAGUGGCUUCUCCUGAUUGGUGCUUCCUCCACUGCCUGCCACGCAAGCCAGAAGAAGUUGACGAUGAAGUGUUCUAUUCUGACAAGUCUCUUGUGUGGGACGAAGCCGAGAACAGGAAGUGGACAGUAAUGGCUGUGAUGCUAACACUUCUAAAAGAUCAUGCGCUAAAAACACCAAAGCCCAAGUUUUAAGACAGCAAGUUUGGAGUGUCAAAAAGGAAAUUACUGCAUGGAUUGUACAGCAUUUGUAUAUUAAUAAAUUAUUUUAAAUAGGAACAUUAUGUUCAUUACCUACAUUAUUCAGCUUUAUAUACAGUACAUAAAAGUUUGCAAGAUUAGUUAUCUGCAAAUUUAAUUUAUUAGCCAAGAAGACUUGGUUAAGGCCUAUUUACACAGCAAAGGCACUUCUGAAGCCUCCCCCACCAGGGUUACUGUUUUUUUUUUGUUUUUUUUGUUCGUAGUUAAGAUUCCAACUGUUAGUAACUCUGUAGACUUCUGUUUUGCACCAUGAGCAUCUUUGAUAGAUACUGGCUGAUCAUAAUGUACUGCACAACUGAUAUACUUGCUUGUCAUGAUUCCUGCUAUACUUUGAUUGGAUAAUUGCCUCAUUUAAAUUAAUGCAUAUUAAUUAGGGUUUCUGGUAACUUGUACUUUGUUGGAAAAGCAUACUAUUACAUACAUACUCUUUGUACUUAAACUCAGUGCGCAUGCUAAUUGAAUCUCAUGUGCUUGACCUUCUUUGACUUGUACCCUGCAGCCUUAGCAGUGAAGCAAAGAUCUUGACCAGAUUAGUAUAUAGCAUUAUUGUAUAGUGCUGUGUAAAUGUCACAAAAAAAAUCAGUACUCUAAAAUUGUUUUAAAUCAGUUAUUUCUCUUUACUUUGAUUUUAUUAAUUAUAAAUAGUUGUUGCAUCUGGCAAUAAAUGCAUGCGAGUGUCAUUUGCUUUUGUUACAAAUUAAUUUUUUGUGCUCUAACCUAGCCAUAAAUUAAUUGAUGAAAAUUUUAAAUCUGCAUAUCAUGUCAUUGUCAAGGAAUAUUUGCUAAAAAUGGGCAAUACAGUACAGUAUGUGCUCAUAAGCUAAAAACUGGUCUUAAACUUACUGAAAUUUUGAUAAAUAAAUUCUGUGGAAUUAUGAAGUUGCUUUCUAUUUCAUCAUCAGCUCGUUAGUCAAACACUGUUUUCCAAUUUGCACCAACAUCUUCAGAAAAAAUAUUUUAAUUCUGCACAAGUAGAUACAAAAUACAAAAAUAUCAGUAUCAUUCAGUAUUAG